GGCCGCCAUGUUGGACGCUUUGUAGUAUUAUAAAUAAGGAGCCGCAGUCAGGUCUGCGGUGUAUUGAAUGGUCGUGUCGCAGUUUGGUUUGUGUUUAUUUUCUUUGGUGAUUUGCUGCUGUAUGUCGCACGCUACGGCUGCUAUUUCCUGACUGCGUCCGUGGGAUAAGCUGAACUUUUACCAUGAGAGAGACACUAGGGAGUUCUGUGCUGGCUGGCCAGCCCCCAAAACAUUAUGGCAUUACCUCUCCAAUAAGUUUAGCUGGUCCCAAAGACACUGAUCAUAUCUACACCCAAAAAUUAACUGAAGCAAUGAGGCCUUUUGGGGUCUUUGAAGAUGAUGCAGAGCUUAGUCACCGAAUGGUUGUCUUGGGAAAAUUAAACAAUUUGGUUAAAGAAUGGAUUGGUGAACUUGGAGAACAAAAGAGCCUUCCACCAUCCAUCAUAUCUGCUGUUGGUGGUAAGAUCUUCACUUUUGGCUCCUAUCGGCUUGGAGUUCACACUAAAGGGGCUGAUAUUGAUUCACUUUGUGUUGCUCCCCGUCAUGUUGAACGCUCAGAUUUCUUUCAGUCUUUCUCGGAGAAGCUAAAGCAGCAGGAUGGUAUCAAAAACUUACGGGCUGUGGAGGAUGCAUUUGUGCCAGUAAUCAAAUUUGAGUUCAUGAAUACUGAGAUUGAUUUGGUAUUUGCUAGAUUGCCCUUGCAGUGUAUUCCAGAUAACUUGGAUUUACGUGAUGAUUCCCGAUUGCGAAACUUGGACAUUAGGUGCAUAAGAAGUUUAAAUGGUUGCAGAGUUACAGAUGAAAUUCUACAUUUAGUACCCAAUAAAGAAAAUUUCCGGUUAACCCUGAGAGCCAUCAAAUUAUGGGCAAAGCGUCGUGGAAUUUACUCCAAUAUGCUGGGGUUUCUUGGUGGUGUUUCCUGGGCAAUGUUGGUUGCAAGGACUUGUCAGUUGUAUCCAAAUGCUAUAGCUUCUACACUUGUGCACAAGUUUUUCCUUGUCUUUUCUAAGUGGGAGUGGCCUAAUCCAGUGUUGCUAAAGCAACCAGAAGAUAGCAACCUGAAUUUACCAGUGUGGGAUCCAAGAGUAAAUCCAGCUGACCGUUGCCAUUUAAUGCCUAUCAUUACUCCAGCAUACCCCCAACAAAAUUCUACAUACAAUGUUUCAAUCUCGACACGUUCAGUAAUGGUAGAAGAAUUUAAGCAGGGUCUUUCAGUUACAGAUGAAAUUCUUCUUGGACGAUGUGACUGGUCCAAACUGUUUGAACCACCAAACUUCUUUCAUAAGUAUAAGCAUUAUAUUGUCCUUACUGCCAGUGCAUCCACUGAAGAGCACCAUCUAGAAUGGGUUGGCUUGGUCGAAUCAAAAAUUCGUGUUCUUGUUGGGAACUUGGAGAGAAAUAGCUUUAUCACUCUUGCCCAUGUAAAUCCUCAGUCCUUUCCAGGAAAUCGGGAUCAUUGCAAAGACAAUGAAUAUGUAUCUAUGUGGUUUCUUGGCAUUAUUUUCAAGAAGGUAGAGAAUGCUGAAAGUGUAAAUAUUGAUUUGACACAUGAUAUACAGUCAUUUACUGACACGGUGUACAGACAAGCAAACAACAUAAACAUGUUGAAGAAAGGGAUGAGAAUUGAAGCAACCCAUGUUAAGCGAAAACAGCUCCAUCACUACCUUCACGCAGAAGUGUUGCAGAAAAGAAAAAAGCAAAGUGUUCCAGAUAUCAACAGAUCAGCAUCUGCACUUUUGUCUAAGAGAACCUCCUUGGAUGGCAAUUGUUUAGAUAGUUCUAGAGACACAGACACUGGAACACCUUGUGACUCUCCUACAUCGUGUCACAAAAGCUCUAGAUCUGAUAGCCCUAGUCUUCCAGAUGCACAAAGGCAAUCUCUGCUGGAGAAAACUUCCACUGGCUGCAGCCAGAAGAUGGCAGAUGUUCAUGUACAUGCAGAGCCUGCUCAAGGACUUUCUAUACCAGUCAUUGGCUCAAAGCCUGAGUCGGCUAUAGUAGUGAAAGGUCUGCUUCCACCAUCCGGGUGCACCAUUCCCACAGUAGUAGGAUUAAAUGUGAUUCCACGUCUUCCAUCACCACCUAACUUUUCCCAGGGAAAUACUACCCAAAAUGGACUGAUAAAUCUAAGCCCAAAAAGUGCUGCUGCUAAAAGGGCCCAUCCCCCUUGCCUGGAGGAUUCUCCCAAAAGAAUAAGGGAUACUGAAAUGCUUCUAGGAUUGCCAGAGCCUACUUUUAUUGAGCCUUCUGUCCCUCACGAGGAAGAAAGACAACAGUCUGGGGAAAACAUCAUUCCAGCUGGAGCCAUGCCCAUUCCCACCAUUGACCGUUCUAGAUCACAGAGGCUCCCCAGUAAAGAACUACCAGAUUCAUCCUCUCCUGUACCAACAAAUAACAUCCGUGUCAUAAAAAAUUCAAUCCGACUAACGCUAAAUCGAUAACCUACGGUACUGCUUCAGGUGUAUUGGAAUAAUGUAUGUACAGACAAAUCUUUCUACUCUUCAAACUUGGUGCUGUAGGUUGAGGGUUUUUAACCCUUAAUGUGUAAAACUGCCAUAUGUACACAAGAUUUUAGAGCAUUUUAGAGUUUUCCAUUUUUUUUUCUAUCAUAUAUUCUAUAUUUAAAAAAAAAAAAAAA